AUGAACAAAGAGGAAGACCAUACGUCCAGUACAACAGCCACUCCACCUGGAGCUGAAGCUGAGCUUGUUGAAGAAGUUGUAGAUGAUCCAGAGGAGGAGCUGACCCGAGGUGAUCCUAAGUUAGACCCAGAAGACGUUCCGAAGUUACUACUGGAAGAGCCGAAGUUUGAACCAGAAGAAGGUAUAAAGAUAGAACUGGAAGAUCCGAUGUUAGAUCCAAAAGAUCCCAAGUUAGAUCCAGAGGAAGAUCCGAAGUUAAAUUCAGAGGAAGAUUCCUGGUUAGAACUGGAAGAUCCGAAAUUAGAUCCAGAGGAAGAUCCCAAGUUUGAACUGAAAGAUCCGACGUUAGAUCCUGAAGAAGAACCGAAGUUAGAUCCAGAGGAAGAUCCCAGGUUAGAAGUGGAAGAUCCGAAGUUAGACCCAGAGGAAGAUCCCAGGUUAGAAGUGGAAGAUCCGAAGUUAGAUCCAGAGGAAGAUUCUAAGUUAGAACUGGAAGGUCCGAAGUUCGAUCCUGAAGAAGAACCGAAGUUAGACCCAGAGGAAGAUCCCAGGUUAGAAGUGGAAGAUCCGAAGUUAGAUCCAGAGGAAGAUCCUAGGUUAGAAGUGGAAGAUUCGAAGUUAGAUCCAGAGGAAGAUCCUAGGUUAGAACUAGAAGAUCCGAAGUUAGGUCCAGUGGAAGAUCCCAAGUUAGAACUGGAAGAUCCGAAAUUAGAUCCAGAGGAAGAUCCUAGGUUAGAAGUGGAAGAUCCAAAGUUAGAUCCAGAGGAAGAACCGAAGCUAGAUCCGGAGGAAGAUCUCAAAUUAGAAUUGGAAGAUCCGAAGUUAGAUCCAGAGGAAGAUCCCAGGUUAGAAGUGGAAGAUCCCAAGUUAGGUCCAGUGGAAGAUCCCAAGUUAGAACUGGAAGAUCCGAAAUUAGAUCCAGAGGAAGAUCCUAGGUUAGAAGUGGAAGAUCCAAAGUUAGAUCCAGAGGAAGAUCCCAAGUUAGAACUGGAGGAUCCGAAAUUAGAUCCAGAAGAAGAACCGAAGUUAGAUCCAGAGGAAGAUCCUAGGUUAGAAGUGGAAGAUCCAAAGUUAGAUCCAGAGGAAGAUCCUAGGUUAGAACUAGAAGAUCCGAAGUUAGGUCCAUUAGAUCCAGAGGAAGAUCCCAAGUUAGAACUGGAGGAUCCGAAGUUAGAUCCAGAGGAAGACCCGAAGCUAGAUCCAGAAGAACCGAAGUUAGAUCCAGAGGAAGAUCCCAAGUUAGAAUUGGAAGAUCCGAAGUUAGAUUCAGAGGACGAUCCCAAGUUAGAACUGGAAGAUCCGAAGUUAGAUCUAGAAGAAGCGAAGCUAGGUCCAGAGGAAGAUCCGAUGUUAGUUCCAGAGGAAGAAUCAAAUCUGGCACCAGAUGAUCCAAGGUUAGAUACCGAGGAGGAGCCGAAAUUGGAGGUAGACGAUCCCAGGCUUGAUCCAGAAAAUGAGGAUGAACCACUCUCUGAUGCUGUGGACGCCGCCAAGACUGUGGCCACGGCCAGCACCAAGACCUGGGAAUUAUUGAACAAAAUUUAA